GACAAGCGAAAAAGAGAGAAAAAACGGAAAUGAAAUAAAACGAUCGAGAGAGAUGUUAUCGCGCAUCUUGACCGCGGAGAGAGCCUCGAGAAUCGACGCUUCUUCUUCUCGCUUGCGACGAGCAUCCUCUACGAAGAAACGAUGAUACCUCGGCGUGAAUAUUCUCCGUUUGCUCGUGCGGAAAUUUUCUUAAGUCUACCGUUAUCGAUCGCCUCGUGAGAAAGAGACGGAAAGAGCGGGUCAAACGGAUUUCGAGGAUGAUUUUUAUGGUUUCCACGGGGUUACGUAAUCCAUCAGGCUCGAGGAACUACAGUUAACGGUGGUGCUACACGUUCAGAGAAAGAGAAUUUCACAGAUAGACAAUCGAAUUUCUGUAUUUUACGAAGCGCACACGAUGGCGAAUCAAACGACGAAGAAGGAACUCCUGGAGGAGACUCUUCACUAUCAUCCGGAUGGUAGCGAGGAGGAAGUGGACAGGGAAUGGGAGGAAUUCACCAGACUCAUGGCGAAAUUACGGGAAAACCGCCGGAACCGACCGCACAGACCUUCGCAAGCUUUCUAUCCGUGUCCUCCGCCGAACGCGGACGAGGAGCAACAGGAUUUCGAUCCCUUCGAUUACAUUAACACGAUUAUGUAUGGUCGCUACACGAAGGAUCUGGGUGAGUACGCAAAAGAAGAGGCACGGAAGCUCAAGUAUCACGAGAAGGCGUUGCGGAAGUAUGACAAGUCGAGGGCGGAGGAUUUACGGAAGUCGAGAAGAGGACCACUAUGCCGGAAGCUGCUUGCGUUAUUGGCCUUCGCCUGGAAGCAUACAGGAGCUAGGCUAGGGGAGGACUGGGUCUUCUUGGCUCUCCUCGGUGUGAUCAUGGCGCUCAUCAGCUACGCCAUGGACCGUGGCAUUUCUAUGUGCAACAACGCCAGGAUAUGGCUUUAUCAGGACUUGACGCAUCAUCCGGCGCUCCAGUAUCUUGCCUGGGUGUCCUUGCCUGUCUGCCUGAUCCUCUUCAGCGCAGGUUUCGUGCAUAUCGUUGCGCCGCAGAGCAUAGGCUCCGGAAUCCCAGAGAUGAAGACCAUUCUGCGUGGCGUUGCACUCAAGGAGUACCUUACGUUUCGUACUCUGGUCGCAAAGGUGAUAGGUCUGACUGCCACCCUGGGCUCCGGUCUACCACUAGGCAAGGAAGGUCCGUUCGUGCACAUCGCCAGUAUCGUGGCCACUCUGCUCUCGAAACUGGUCACCAGUUUCCAAGGGAUCUACGAGAACGAGAGUCGAAACUGCGAGAUGCUAGCUGCAGCUUGUGCCGUCGGUGUGGCAGCUUGUUUCGCCGCACCUAUCGGAGGAGUUCUCUUCAGCAUCGAGGUCACCACGGUGUAUUUCGCUGUGAGGAACUACUGGCGAGGAUUCUUCGCUGCUGUCUGCGGCGCCACAAUGUUCCGGCUACUGGCGAUCUGGUUUCAACGCGAGGAAACCAUCACCGCGAUGUUCGUCACCAAUUUCACCAUGGACUUUCCCUUCGAUCCCCAGGAGCUCUUCGUGUUCGCUCUGAUCGGUGUAGGUAGCGGACUAGGAGGUGCUUUCUAUGUCUGGUUGCAUAGACAGUACGUGAUCUUCAUGAGGAAGAACAAGAGUAUGAACAGCUUCCUGCAGAAGAACCGUUUCCUGUAUCCUGGAAUCGUUUCUCUGAUGGUAUCGUCCGUAUCUUUCCCUCUGGGACUAGGCCAGUUCAUGGCCGGUGACUUGAACACACACGAUCAAGUGUACGGUCUGUUCACCAACUUCACGUGGACCAAGCAAGAGUUAGGCGUCGAGGAGAUGAACAUAGUGAAACACUGGUCUACCACCUAUACCGAUGUGUUCAUAGGAUUGUUCGGUUUCGUCGCGUUCACGUUCAUCUUUUCCAUCAUAAGCUCCACGGUUCCCGUUCCAUCGGGGAUCUUCAUUCCUGUGUUUAAGAUCGGCGCUGCGUUAGGCAGAGCAGUGGGCGAAGCUAUGGCCUUGUGGUUUCCUAACGGCGUUCGUUACGGCGGUAUCAUCACUCCCAUUGUACCAGGAGGUUACGCCACUGUUGGAGCAGCUGCAUUUUCCGGCGCCGUCACUCAUACGAUCUCCGUUAGCGUGAUCGUGUUCGAGAUGACUGGCCAGAUCACACAUAUCGUUCCAAUAAUGAUCGCCGUGUUGAUCAGCAACGCGAUCGCUGCUCUCCUUCAGCCUAGCAUAUACGACAGCAUCAUUCUGAUCAAGAAGCUACCCUACUUGCCGGAUUUACUCCCCUCCAGUUCAGGGAUGUACAACGUUUACGUGGAAGACUUCAUGGUACGCGACGUGAGGUAUAUUUGGCACGGAAUCACCUAUCAGACGCUGAAGGAAACCUUGAAGGAGAAUCGCAAGCUGCGUGGCUUUCCUCUGGUCGAUAAUCCCGAUUCGAUGAUUCUGCUUGGCUCCAUUCAGAGGCUGGAACUGAUCAAACUGAUCGAGAAGCAUAUAGGACGCGAGAGGAGGCUGCAGGUGGCCCAAAAAUGGCACAAAGAGGCGGAGGAGAGAGCCAGAGAGGAGAUGGAGCGACAGUUGAGGGAGCAAGAGAGAACGAGGAGACCGUCGAGGUUCGAGGUGAUACCAGCACCGGACAUUCUGAAAAUGCAACGGCAAAGUGUUAACGAUCUAACUAUGUCUCCAAACAACGGCACCCACACCUAUCAUUCGCCUGUGUUCGGCUCGCAACCGAAGAAAUCCAUCCUGAAAAAGACUAAUUCGUUCACGCUGAAAGGGUUUAGUCCGCUGGUCAGCCCAGCUGCUACGCCUUACACAACUGUCACCGGAGCGGAGAGCAGGAUACGCCUGGCUUUCGAGGCGAUUUUCCGCAAGUCAGCCACCCUGCAAGACGUGGAUCCUGAUCCGGAGCUUGGAACGGGAGCUGGUGCAAGGCGCGACAGUCAAGAUGUACCGCCACACACUCCUAUGUUAGCUCCAAGUCCAGCUACUUCGAAGAAAGUGCAACUGCCUCGUGAAAGGGUGAUAGAUAUGUCAGCAGAGGAUCAGAAACGAUGGGAAGAGAGCGAAAUGGCGCUGGAGGUGGAUUUCUCCAGGUGUCACAUCGAUCCUGCACCCUUUCAGCUGGUCGAAAGAACGUCUCUGUUAAAAGUACACAGUCUUUUCAGUAUGGUCGGUGUGAAUCACGCUUACGUGACAGCCAUUGGCAGGCUGGUUGGUGUCGUCGCUUUGAAAGAGCUGAGGAAAGCAAUAGAGGACGCGAAUGCUGGAAUUCUGCCCAUGCACCAGGAGUCUCAUAUCGGUGUUUCGACGUCGAGUGUCGCGAAAAGCGAAACGGACACGGAAAGCAAGAACGUCAGCACAAUAAACUCUAUCGCUUCCGUCGACUGCGAGAAAGUUGAAAAAGUCUGAAUGAAAGAGGAAGAAGGAGUGAGAGAGAGGGGGAGGGGGGAGAGGGCGAGAUAAGUAGAAGCAAAAAUGUGAUAGUCGUAUUGCCACGAAGAGGCAGUAUGGCCCGAACGAGAGACGUAUUUCUUUUCUUUUUUCUUUUCUUUUUGAAUAAAAUAUUCCCUUCCUUCCACGAGCAUGGAGCACUCCCAGCUCGAGUAACAAGUCCACCUCUAGCCGCUUGCUUAGUCGCAAAGAUCGCUUUCGAACUCCUCUCGUACUUAAUCUCGGGGACAAGAUUAUCGUGCAGGGCGAAACGUUCUCAAGGCUUGGAAAUUGGUAGACGAUUCAGCAUGCUUAUUGUUCUUUCUGCGCGUAGAAGGAAGAAGCACUCGGUACCGAAGAUUCAUAUCAGGGUCUAUACAGUCAAGUUUCCUUUUGUUUUUUUUUUUCUUAUUUUAUUUCCUCUUUUAGCUGAUUUCCUUUUUAUCUUUUCCACCCACUAUUUCUUCUCCGUAUUCCGUAGCUAUCUUCUGCAGAAUAAUAAUAAUAAUAAUAACAGUAAUAAUAACGCUAACAAUAGAGAGAGUUACCACGUGCGUGUGAUUAGAGUGAAUGUGAUUACGACGCGUCGAUGUAUCCGUUCGACUUGGUGAUAUCAGUGCUCAAAGGAUCAUCCUCCUUUAUACGAAGCCUCUCGAGAGGACUAUGUAUUAUUAAACUAUGUGGUGCUUCGGUGAUUUCCCAACGAGUGGCUUCGCGUUCUAUACGAAUAUUGCUGUGAACGACGCGUGAAUCGUGAAACGUGAUCGAUAUUAUAUAAUAAUGUAUUAUACAUAUAAUAGGAACAACGAAACGAUGUUGUUAUUUUAUCAAGGAGGAAAGCUGAGUGCUCUUGUAGUGUGUAAUUUUAUGACUAUGGUUGUGCCAACCUAUUUAUUCUAAUUCGUUCAUCGGUUGAUUUUAAACAAGCGAGACAUU